CAACCGUACCGUCGGUCGUCGCCACUGUCUGUGUAGAAAGACAACGCCAUCGUCGUCGGAGGAUGUAUGUAUAGCUUUAGUUGUGAUGGAUUAUGAGUGGAAAGAGAAAAGGAAUAAUGAACGGGCAAAAGUUGAAGAACUGUUUGGAUACGAAGGAUGUAAGGUGGGAAGAGGUACAUAUGGACAUGUCUACAAAGCUAAAAGGAAAGAUAGUACCGAUACAAAGGAGUAUGCCCUCAAGCAGAUAGAAGGCACUGGCUUAUCUAUGUCAGCAUGCCGGGAAAUUGCGUUGCUGCGUGAACUCAAGCAUCCCAAUGUUAUCAACCUUCAGAGAGUGUUCCUUUCUCAUGCUGAUCGUAAAGUUUGGCUGUUAUUUGACUAUGCAGAACAUGAUCUCUGGCAUAUCAUCAAAUUCCACAGGGCUGCAAAGGCCAAUAAGAAAACAGUCCAAGUUAACAAAGGGAUGGUUAAAAGUCUCCUAUAUCAAAUUCUAGAUGGCAUCCGUUAUUUGCAUUCCAACUGGGUACUGCACAGAGAUUUGAAACCAGCCAAUAUCUUGGUUAUGGGCGAGGGAACGGAACGUGGUCGCGUGAAAAUUGCUGACAUGGGGUUUGCUCGUUUGUUCAACUCUCCUCUGAAACCUCUUGCUGAUUUGGAUCCUGUUGUUGUUACAUUCUGGUAUAGAGCUCCUGAACUUUUGCUUGGAGCAAGGCAUUAUACCAAGGCUAUAGAUAUAUGGGCUAUUGGUUGUAUAUUUGCUGAAUUGUUAACAUCCGAGCCAAUUUUCCAUUGCCGUCAAGAAGACAUCAAAACCAGUAAUCCAUAUCACCAUGAUCAGUUAGACAGAAUAUUCAAUGUCAUGGGAUUUCCACAAGAGAAAGACUGGGUUGACAUCAAGAAAAUGCCAGAACAUGGAACUCUUAUGAAAGAUUUCAAGAAAAAUAAUUACUCCAGUUGUUCAUUGAUCAAGUACAUGGACAGACACAAAAUAAAACCAGAAGGGAAAGCUUUCAUGCUGCUACAAAAACUCCUGACAAUGGACCCUACGAAGCGUAUAACUUCAGAGCUUGCUAUGCAAGAUCCCUAUUUCUUAGAAGAUCCAGUUCCCACUCAAGAUGUCUUUGCUGGUGGUCCCAUUCCCUACCCAAAACGUGAGUUCUUGUCUGAUGAAGAACAGGACGACAAAUCGGAAAAUAAGAAGAAGGUUUUCAUGGAGCAAGCCUGGACAAAUCAGCAAAGAGCAGCAGCAGCAAAGAAGAAGGUAUUUAUGGAUCAGACAUGGACAAACCAACAAAGAAUUCAUGCAGCUUCAAAGGCUGGGGGUGGAGGAGAACCAGCAGCAAAGAGAGUUCGCUUGGGAGGUCAUCACCAAGGAAGCAUGGGUGGUCAGCAGAGCUUCUCUCACAUGACACAGCGAAGUCAUCCCAAUCAGGCAAGUCAACAUCCUGGACAUGUUCAGCAAGGUGGGAUCAUGAAUUACACAAGUGCACAACAGAGCAGCAAUUUCAACCAGCGAUACUAAUCUUGCAAUAGAUACAAAGUUGCAAAUGGAUUCAGCAGAUACUGGGUCUUCCACUGGUUGUUGGGUAGCCUCGUUUCUUGUCUCUUAAAGAGACCGCCAUUUUUCCUUUUAGCUUUGUAGACAGAAGUGGUUUUUUUAAAAAUAUUAUUUACUUGAAUGAUACUGCUGCCAUACAACAUGAGUAUCACAAAUAACAAACAAAGAAAAUUAUUGUUGCCAGUUCUGAAAGUGUAAAAAAGAAAUUAAGUAGAAAUAGCAGUCUAUAUUUCUGCUGUUGUAAGUAAAAGUUAGGUAUAUUAAUCUUUGGUGUUUUUCAUAAUCAUUAAAGUUAUGUAGGGUACUGUGUGUGUAUAGACUUUUCAUUAAUAAAUCCUGAACAUGUUAUAAGGUAUGAAUUUAGAGUAGUUUGCCUUCCAUGAGUUUUUGAGAAGUUGUAAAUGUGCGAGAUCCUUCCAACCUUUUGUUUUCUGGUAUUAUGAUAUAAUGUAAGUAAAAUUAUUAGUUCAAUUCAGUAUGUAUGAUCAUCACUAUAAUUUAUUUUAGAAUUGGAAGUUGUUGAGCAUAUGUGUUUAACUAGUUGAAGAACAUUGUAUGAAACAUGAAUUUGAUAAAUUUUGGUCAUUUUGUUAACCAGUACAAAUUCAAAAUGCUUCUGAAAUUAUGUAGUUGUCUUAAGGUUAAAUUAUAAGAUGGUUUUCAAUUGUAUGCAGAUUUAAUUAUGUUUGUUUUAUUACAGGACUUUAUUAUAAAUAUUCCCAAUAUAAAAUGAACAGGAGGGAGAAUUUGAAUAUCUAAUCUCAGUUCUUGUGUUAUGACCUUACUCUGAUGAAAAUUAGAAUAAUCAGUGUACUAUCGAGUUGACUAUUUUAUGGUAAUUAAUUGCUAUAGCCAAGAUAGUCAGUUUUUGUGGUUAAUUUGUUUGGUGAAAAUUAGUCAAAAUUAGUUUUUCAGUAUAAUUUAAAAUCGUCAGUACUUUCCGCAUAAUUUGUUCUCUUAUGUGUGAAGUAUUCAGUGAGCCAGAAUGGUUGUUGAAUCUCUGUAGUAAGGUAGUUAAAAUAGCCGAGAGGGGUAAAAUAGGUCGGUGACCCUUUCCUGCCUCAUACUUGUCACUUCAUUCUUUGGCUGCCAUUGAUAGAGGAUCCAUCAGCUGUCUCUUCCUGAAGUGCUCAUUGCUUUAUUGAUGAGUAGCCUAGCCUAGCCUACUACCAUUAUUCCUUAUUCCUUUUACCAUUUUUCUUGCCAUGUGCAUUGUGCAAUUAUUUUGUGCUUGCUUGCUGUCUUUGGUUCAGUUUUUCUUGGUCACGUCAAGUAAGCUAGGCUAAUUGUGCUACUUGUUUGGGUAUUCCUUCUGUGUAAUGAAUAUGCUUCUUAGAUCUCACAUCAGUGGGUUAAGUAUGGGGAGGAAGCAUAUAAAUGUUUCACCAGGUUUAUCAAAGGGUAUCACUGUUGAUAAUGCCAUCAGAUCUUUUUGGAACUUUCUUUCCUCUUGCUAUCAUCCCUUUUCAUCCUACCCCAUAGCUUUACCCUCCCCAGGAGUCUCAUGUCGCCCGUGAACUACAAACCUGUUCAACUCUCAUCUAAGGUGAGGACAUUAGAGCUAUCCUCCUUUGACUGCCUGAGAAAAAUGCAACCAACUUUGAAUGUUCUGGGUAUUUUCGCUGCAUUCUUGGACAUGCCCACAGAAAUAAAUUUACCAAACAACCAAUCAUGUCUUAUGCUGCUUGUGUUCCUCUGUCUUUCUUGUUUGAUGCAAGUGAUGCCCCAGUGGCUGUGGUGAUGCUAGUAGCUGAGCAAGUUGACAUUGUGACUUCUCUUGCAGCCUCCAUCUCCCUUUAGAAGAAUUGUUGAUAUUGUUCUUUCUCUUCUUCAUCCUCUUGAUUCUCAUACUUGGCCUACGAAGAAGGGAAAGUCUAAGGUCAGUAAGAAGAAAUCCUGACAGACUUGUCCUUCUUGCUCUCCCUCAUGGCAGAAGAGAGGGGCCAUUUCACCAUCUGGUGUUUUAUGUCAGGUUUGCCUUUCUACUUUCUUCUGGAGGGGUUAGAGGCAGAAGUUUAACUUGUGGGGAGGACUUUGGGACUCCCUGUUCACCAUAAGGUAACUUCCAAACCCUUCCAUGGGGCAAAGGUAUUGCUGCUGAACAUUGGAAAACACUUUCCCCAGUUUCAGAAGUGAAGCCUUCUUCAUUUAAAGCUUUUAAGCCCUUUAGAGACUAUUCAUUAAUCUCUGCAUUGAAUGGAGAAUGCUCAACUGACUCCAUUGACAGUGGAAAUCGCGUGUUCAGCAUUCAAUGUCAUCAGAAAGGGUAACUUAACAAUUUCAAAUUUCAGGUGAAAGGGCAACUUCAGAUUUCAUGAGAGGGGCCAACUUCAUGAUUUCAGUAGGCUUUCAGAAUACAUAUGUACUUCAUAUACCCAUUCAUCAGUACUUGAAAGUACCUCUAUUUUGUCUCCAAUAAGACAGUAUUAUAGUUCUAGGCUCUGUGCUCCAGACUGGUGACAAUUCCUUGGGUUUAACUUGGUUAUUUGCCUUUUUUGGUACCUGGAUGAUUGGUUAUUCCUGGCCUCCUCCAGGGAUUGUCUGUUAGCUUGUCACAAUUGAGGGAUGGUGAUUGUGGUCAACUGGCAGAAGUCAGAUUUCAUCCUCAAGCAGCAGAUUAAGUAUCUGGUUAUGCUUCCAGACAAAAUAGUAAUAAGAACCCUCCAGUGGGCUGUUGUGAAAACAACCCACUCUGCUGUGGUACCUGUCAUUUUUGGAAAACCUGUCCCCACAGACAGAACCACCUUUGGUUGCUUUAGAAGCAACAGAAAUAAGUGUUUUCUUCUUGGGAUCCUGCCUCCCAACGAAUCCCCAUGAGUUGAGAAGUGAGAGACCUUUCAUGGUGGUUAGAUGACAGACACCUGACAUGGGGAGUUCCAGUCAGUUCCUCCCCUCUGGGAAUAUGACAAAUUUUUAAUCAAAUUGUAUUUUUUAUAGCUAACAAACCUUCAGCCUUAUAAAAGAAAACUUUCCAAGUACAAGCUGGUAACCGGGGAACACAAUCAAAGAUUGUAAAGCAAGGAAAUCUGUGAGAUCUGGAAAAUAUUGGUCAAAGGAGGGUUGGGCUGGGCAUCUGAGGGGAGAUAUAAGUUCCACAGGGUUCCCCUCCUCUGGAAAUACUUCUGGUUUUGGACUCGUAGAAGAACGGAUGGACCACACACCAUAGAGGAUGGCAACAUAAUGAAAAUGGUUAAUGUUGCAAGCAUUCCAAGUCAGUUUGAGAAGGUGACAACAGAACCAUAGUUGCCUAGUCAACAAGCAGGGAGCAAACAGUGUCUUUAACCCUGUGCCACUUGGAUUGCAGAUUCAUGAGUGGGCAGCUCUCCAAGUCAGAUCAGCGGAGUCACCAGACCCAGGUAUUGAGAACAGCACAGAGGUAAAUUGAUGUAUCAAGGUCUACCAUGAUCAUUCUGUUUACAACCUGACAUGAAAUGACUUUUAUACCCCAGCCUCAUGGGCAGUGAUGGAGGAUGCAUUUCAAUAUCCCUGGGACAAUCUGGAUGUAUGAACUUUCCACUUCCAAUUUCACUGGUAUUUGGAUGACCAGUGGCCUUUAUUGGCCGCAUGCCAAGAGGUUUGCAGAUCUGUUGCACAUAUCACAGAUUUUCUCAUCUACCUUUGCAGUAAAAUGCUAAUCACUUGGCCUUAUCUCAGGUUUUCAAGCUACAGAGGUUGGAUCUUUUCACAGUAGUCAUUCCCUCCCUGGGAACUUCAGCCCCCAGAGUGGGAUGUAGUGAUGUUUUGAAGCCUUACAGGAACCCCCCCCCCAUGAACCCCUCUUGCAGUCAUCUUAUGGAGAUGUAACGCCAAAAGACGUCUUGCUCAGCAUUUAGGUGUGGGGAUUCUUGGGGAAACUGAGAACCCUUCAUUUCUGACAAGAGGUUUGAAAGUUUCAUUUCUUUACCUUUCAGACGUCAUUAAUAGAGACCCCGAUGAGAUGCCUGGCCCAUGUAUAAGUUACUAUUUGGAAUGACCCCACUCCAAGAAAGAGAUGCCUAAGAAUACCUGUUCCUUCUGGCUUCAUGAGGUUAUCAAGAGGGCCUAUGAUUCUUCACCAGAGGAACUUUGCCUCCCUUCCUGCUCAAGAGUACAUAUAGUCAGGGAUGUGGGACCAUCUCUCGCCUAGCAGAAAAUUUUUUUGGCAUUUCAACAAGAGCAGGUGCCUGGUGUAGCCAGACUACCUCUACCUCAUUCUGCUCGAGGGAUGUCGCCCACAAAUCCCUGGGUACAUUCUUCUUGGGAUUGGUGGUAGCUACCGGAGUUGUGUAGUUACUGGGAACCAACAGGGUACUUCACUCUUCAUCCACAUGCAUAAGCUUUGUUUCUCUCUGCAAGAAGAGUGAAUGAAGAUUAAAUGGUUAUCCCUUUCUGGGUGUGUUGGGCCAAAAAGUACUGUAAUCAAUUAAAGUAGCUUAAAAUGCAUUGCUCUCUGCCUUUCUCUUUUAAUAAAGGGCGGUCAAGUUCUCUCUGAGCCCAUUGUUUAAUAAUAGCAAGAAAAUGCUGACUACUGGUGUACUUUUCACCAGCCGAGUGGAAAAUUAGGUUUCAUUGCAUCUUUGCACAGGCCAGGUGCAUGACCUUGUGCAUGGAAUUCAGUUUCUUCUCGAUUCUGCUGGGACUUUCCCCUCCUUCCUGGCAAUGGUAGUAUUUUAUAGGGCAAACCAAAUUUUUUAUGCAAUUUGUAUUUUCCUAAAUAUACAAACGAGUCGGUUAACAUGAGGAAAACCUCGCAGUUGCACUGAAUCAAUUUUUACAAGAGGGUAGACAGUAA